CAUAAGUUACUUGUACUCCACACAAAGCGUGCGACUUUAAUUAAAAUUGAUUUGAUUUCACUAAUUUUAGUUUUUAAUAUGUUUCACAACGUUUUAAUGACUACAUUGACUCCAGUCUCUAAUAAAAAUGAGAUAAAUUGCUGGGAAAAUCAACCGUUUACCACAGUUUGGCCAGAAUCGGAACAAUAUAGGCCAUCAAGAGAUUCACAUGUUACAAGAACUAUCAAAAAGAAGAGCAAGCGUAACAGAACCGCUUACACAACAGAACAGCUGAAAAUGUUGGAAAGAACUUUCUCACGAUCAAAAUACAUCGAUGCAGAACGUCGCAAGGAACUUGCGGAAUGUUUAAAUAUUGGCGAAAAAUGCGUUAAAGUGUGGUUCCAGAAUAGAAGGAUGAAGGAAAAGAAGGAAUCAUCAUUGUCGAGUGAUUCGUCAAGUGAAUCUUGUGCUGCGGAAUCCAUUACCCCUCCUCCGGAGAGAAUAAACGGAAUAGAAAGUGAAUAUAACUGUCCAGCCCUUAAUUAUAACCCAAGCCAACAGAUCCCCAAUUAUGGAUAUUACCAAGAAAACCUUGCUUCGGAACCUCAAACAUCGUAUUAUCCACAGGAGACAUCAUAUCCUAACUAUCUUCCUUCAUACACAAGUGAUUAUUUCAGAAAUGAUAUCAAUGUAUAUCCCACCCAGUACUAUCCUUAUACUGUGCCUGAAUACAACUACACACACAUGGAACAUGUUGAUCAGAAACAGGAAACAGGUAAUAGCUGGUCAGAUACUGCGUUCGAUUUGAAUUUCCUUUAAAUUUUUUAAAAUAUCUUGUAAGUAUAACUUGGGAACCAAUUAUAAAUUACUUUAUAUGUAAUUACGUAAGUUUAUUACAUGGCGUUUCAAUUAGUGGUUGUUACGUUAGUACGCUACUCAGUGAAUUAUUUAUAAUGAUCUUUAAUAUAGUUUUUAAUGAUUUCGUUUUUAAUUAUAAGAAAUUAUUUUUACUUAACAUAAUUAUAAGUUAAUAUAUUUUCUAUUAUUAUUUUUUCUUAAUGCUUGACAAAUUAUUAUUCGUGUUAUUUUCUACCUGUACAAAUUCCUUUGCUGUUUUCUAAGACAUUUUAUAUCCUGUUAGAAGAAAUGUAAUUAUUUUAUAAUGUGUUUUUAUUUUUUCAUUUCAUAGUUUACAUAUAUAAUUUAUAUCAUAAGCUAGGUGCACAUGUAUAUUAUAGUGGAAUAAAUA